AUGCCUGUCAUUGUUUUAGUGAUGCCUAUUAUUGAUUUCAGCCACAGCAUCCAUGGCAUGGGAGAGGAGGACCGUCACAACAGACCCCACCAGGAGAUGGGUCAGCUCACCAUCGAGGAGAAAAAAUUUCUUCUGUCUGUGGAGCGGGGUGACGUCGCCGGUGUCCGUAGAGACAACAUCAGCAACCUAUGUGUUGCAGUUACAUCAGGAACCUCUGUGUUGCAGAGUCAUCAGAAACGUCUGUUACAGAGACAACAUCAAGGAUCUCUGUGUUGCAGUGACAACAUCAAGGACCUCUGUAUUGCAGUGACAACAUCAAGGACCUCUGUGUUGCAGAGACAACAUCAGGGACCUCUGUGUUACAGAGAGAACAUCAGGGACCACUGUGUUGCAGAGACAACAUCAGGGACCACUGUGUUGCAAAGUCAACAUCAGGGACCACUGUGUUGCAGAGACAACAUCAGGGACCUCUGUGUUGCAGAGACAUCAGGGACCUCUGUGUUGCAGAGACAACAUCAGGGACCACUGUGUUGCAAAGUCAACAUCAGGGACCACUGUGUUGCAGAGACAACAUCAGGGACCUCUGCGUUGCAGAGACAACAUCAGGACCUCUGUGUUGCAGAGACAACAUCAAGGACCACUGUGUUGCAGAGUCAACAUCAGGGACCACUGUGUUGCAGAGACAACAUCAGGGACCUCUGUGUUCCAGAGACAACAUCAAGGGCCUCUGUGUUGCAGAGACAACAUCAGGGACCACUGUGUUGCAGAGACAACAUCAGGGACCACUGUGUUGCAGAAACAUCAGGGACCUCUGUGUUGCAGAGACAACAUCAAGGGCCUCUGUGUUGCAGAGACAACAUCAGGGACCACUGUGUUGCAGAGACAACAUCAGGGACCUCUGUGUUGCAGAGACAACAUCAGGGACCACUGUGUUGCAGAGACAACAUCAGGGACCUCUGUGUUGCAGAGACAACAUCAGGACCUCUGUGUUGCAGAGACAACAUCAGGGACCACUGUGUUGCAGAAACAUCAGAGACAAAGUGUUGCAAGGAGAGGGAUUCCGGAAGCAAAAAUAUUGCAAGCAGACCUCGCAUAUACGAAGCAGGUGUUUUGGUGGAGUUGAAGGUGGGAGCAUGUGUUCUGGUGGAGUUGAAGGUGGAAGCAGGUGUUCUGGUGGAGUUGAAGGUGGAAGCAGGUGUUCUGGUGGAGUUGAAGGUGGAAGCAGGUGUUCUGGUGGAGUUGAAGGUGGAAGCAGGUGUUCUGGUGGAGUUGAAGGUGGAAGCAGGUGUUCUGGUGGAGUUGAAGGUGGAAGCAGGUGUUCUGGUGGAGUUGAAGGUAGUUAGCCAGAGAGGUCGGGUCACAGCUCCUGGACCCACCUGUGUGGAGGUAGUUAGCCAGAGAGGUCGGGUCACAGCUCCUGGCCCCACCUCCUGUGUGGAGGUAGUUAGCCAGAGAGGUCGGGUCACAGCUCCUGGCCCCACCUCCUGUGUGGAGGUAGUUAGCCAGAGAGGUCGGGUCACAGCUCCUGGCCCCACCUCCUGUGUGGAGGUAGUUAGCCAGAGAGGUCGGGUCACAGCUCCUGGCCCUACCUCCAGUGUGGAGGUAGUUAGCCAGAGAGGUCGGGUCACAGCUCCUGGCCCCACCUCCAGUUUGGAGGUAGUUAACCAGAGAGGUCGGGUCACAGCUCCUGGACCCACCUCCUGUGUGGAGGUAGUUAGCCAGAGAGGUCGGGUCACAGCUCCUGGACCCACCUCCUGUGUGGAGGUAGUUAGCCAGAGAGGUCGGGUAACAGCUCCUGGACCCACCUCCUGUGUGGAGGUAGUUAGCCAGAGAGGUCGGGUCACAGCUCCUGGACCCACCUCCUGUGUGGAGGUAGUUAGCCAGAGAGGUCUGGUCACAGCUCCUGGCCCCACCUCCUGUGUGGAGGUAGUUAGCCAGAGAGGUCGGGUCACAGCUCCUGGCCCCACCUCCUGUGUGGAGUGGUCAUGUUCCGUCCAAAUUGUCCUUCGGUCAUGUGGUCCGCCGUCAGUGUCCGCCCGGCCAUGUAUCCGUCGGUCUUUGUUGUCCGGCCAGUCCCAUGUGUCCGUCGGUCAUGUGUCCGUCGGUCAUGUGUCCGUCGGUCAUGUGUCCGUCGGUCAUGUGUCCGUCGGUCAUGUGUCCGUCGGUCAUGUGUCCGUCGGUCAUGUGUCCGCCGGUCAUGUGUCCGCCGGUCAUGUGUCCGUCGGUCAUGUGUCUGUCGGCCAAGUAUCCGUCGGUCAUGUGUCCGUCGGUCAUGUGUCCGUCGGUCAUGUGUCCGUCGGUCAUGUGUCCGUCGGUCAUGUGUCCGUCGGUCAUGUGUCCGUCGGUCAUGUGUCCGUGGGUUUUUCUUAUGUGUCCGUCGGUCAUGUGUCCGUCGGUCAUGUGUCCGUCGGUCAUGUGUCCGUCGGUCAUGUGUCCGUCGGUCAUGUGUCGUCGGUCAUGUGUCCGUCGGUCAUGUGUCCGUCGGUCAUGUAUCCGUCGGUCAUGUGUCCGUCGGUGGAGACCAAAGACGCUCUCCUACACGCUAUCAGUGAGGAGUAUGUGGAGGCCGUCGAGGUUCUAUUGGAACAUGAGGAGAUAGUACACAUCCCUGGAGAACCUCAUAGUUGGGAGGCCAUCCCGCCAGAGACUGCCACCUUCACGCCGGACAUCACGCCACUCAUCCUGGCCGCCCACCGUGAUAAUUACGAGAUCAUCAAGAUCUUGCUGGACCGGGGCGCCACCCUCCCCGGUCCGCACGACCUCAGAAACAAAACAUUUGUAACGUUAGUUGGCGUUAAGCUCACACAUUUCAAAUAUCUUUACAAGAUGCUUAAUUCGUUCUUCCUUCUCCAGGAACUGCGAAAGCAGUGUCAGGAUUUUGCGACGGCGCUGCUGGACCACACUAGAUCCUCCUAUGAACUGGAGGUGCUACUGAACCACGACCCGACAGGACCACCACACGAACACGGCGAGAGAAUGCAUCUCAACCGUCUCAAACUGGCCAUCAAACUCAAGCAGAAAAAGUUCGUUGCGCAUCCCAACGUGCAGCAGCUUCUGGCUUCCAUCUGGUACGAAGGGUUGCCUGGCUUCCGACGUAAAAACAUGGCGCUACAAGCACUGCAGAUCGUCAAGAUUGGUCUGUUGUUCCCCAUCUUCUCCAUCGUGUACAUCCUGGCCCCCCACACCACCCCAGGCCAGACCAUGCGCAAGCCUUUCAUCAAAUUCAUUUGCCACUCAGCGUCCUACCUCACCUUCCUCUGUCUGUUAAUCCUGGCGUCACAGAGGAUAGAGACUGUCAUCGUGGACUGGUUUGGGGCGACGCCCACCCUCAAGAAGUGGGUGGCUACCCAUGACAUGGAAACUUCCUUCAACGUGACAAGGAAUAUGAAAGAAUUUUGUUACCGACCACUUUUGCCAGGAGGAACUGAGGCAGUCAACGUAAGUGAAGGAGACGACCAGAGAGAACCUGAGUGCUCACCUCUUCUCCGGCAGGUGCAGAGGGAGAUCAGAGAGAACCUGGGUACUGAUAACCUGCCCCGCCAGCAGUGGGAUACCUGGGAUCCUAUGCUGAUAGCCGAGGGACUCUUCUCUGCUGCCAACAUCUUCAGUUCGCUCAAGUUGGUGUACAUCUUCAGUGUGAACCCCUACCUGGGGCCCCUACAGGUCUCCCUCUCCAGGAUGGUCGUCGACAUUCUCAAGUUUAUCUUCCUGUAUCUACUCACACUCUUCGCCUUCUCUUGCGGUAUGAACCAGCUGUUAUGGUUCUACGCAGACCUGGAGAAACAGACUUGUGAUGAAGAAGGUCUUAAGACCAGUGAAGAUGAUGACGCAGGUCCUAACAUCGAUUCCUGCAUCGUCUGGAGGAGGUUUUCAAACUUGUUCGAGACCACUCAAACACUCUUCUGGGCAGCGUUCGGCUUGAUCGACCUCACCAACUUCGAACUGACAGGCAUCAAACCCUUCACACGCUUCUGGGGAAUGUUGAUGUUCGGAACUUACUCUGUCAUCAACGUCAUCGUUCUUCUUAACCUUCUAAUUGCUAUGAUGAAUCAUUCUUACCAGCUGGUGUCCGAGCGGGCAGACACCGAGUGGAAGUUCGCCAGGAGCAAGUUAUGGAUUAGCUUCUUUGAGGAAGGAGGGACAUGUCCGCCCCCCUUCAACAUCAUCCCGGCACCCAAGAGCCUCUACUAUCUCCUCAGCUGGCUUUAUAAGAAGUUCUGUGGGCAGACGAAGGCAGCCAAGAAGGAACACAUGAGGACUAUUAGGAGGAAGGCUAGACAAGCAAGCGAGAGGGAAUUAAGAUAUCAGAAGAUAUUGGCCUUCCGCUGCGUGGUCGAGAUUCUCAAGAACUCAGGGAUGAACAACUCCACGGCGACCAGCACUGGUCAAGGUACCGGAGGCAAGAAGAACCGACAGAAGGAGAGAAGACUCAUGAAAGGAUUCAACCUGGGCGUUAACUCUAUAAGUACUAGCCUCAGUCUAGGAACUUCGAUGGUCCUGCCUGCGACGGUGGAGGUGGCGGAGGUCGCCGUCAAGCGAUCCCCGCAAAACAAACUUGCGCGGCUGGCGCGACUGGCGGAGGCACGGCUGGGUCGCCCGACCAACAAGAAGCGUUGGGGCACGCUAGUCGAGGCCGCUAAGAAUGCCAAAGUAAAAAAGUUAUUAUCCAGGUCCCGCUCCGACGAGUCGCUCUCCUCCGAUCCUGGCAACGAGAUCAACGGGGAUUCAGAGGACGCUCGCUGUGGAGCCGAGAUCCCGACGCCCCUGCAAAACCUGCCACCGGGAAUUCUCAGGGGAGGUGACGCCUCGCUGGAGGGGACAAGACAAGAGCGGCCCGGGUCAGGGGUGAGCAGCAGGAUGCGCCUGGACGCUGCAGCAUUAGUGAGCCAACAACACGACACUACCAAGAGGCCGCCCAAGAACUCUGUGAGCUUUGAUCAGUCGGUAGUAGCAGGCGCCAGUAGCAGUAGUCCUUCCCACUCAUCCACUGAGACGGAGCCUCCCCCACCCUAUCCACAGUGGCCUCGGUUAGUCACCACUUCCACCAACGUCACAGAGCCUACUCCUGCUGCCACCUCGCCCUCGUCAGGCAGUGGAUCUCUACCACCCUUGGCCGUGAGCGAAUCCUCGGAGCCUCUGGUGUUAGGUGGACCCCCAGCCAACGGGUCGGUACAGCAGCCACGCCUGCCUGGCAUCCAGCCAGUUAACCGCCACAUGGCUGCUGGGUGGCUCUGAUCCUCACCCGAUACCUGUCUCCAUGACUUCUUUACCAAGGUUAAAACCCUUCUGGACCAGCAGCAUCACUACACGCGCCCUCAUCAACAACCAUCUGUAAAUAAGUCGAAAAUCACCUUUACAUCCACACUGGCAACCUGACAAGUGACUCCAGCCGACGUACCCUGCUACUGAGGCUCUCACUCCCUUGUCACCACCAGCAUCCAAGGCUGGAGGAGAGGGCUGGAUGACUUCAUCUCCUCGGUACAGAGGUCACACUUGUCUGUCGGAUUCCAGCACAGCCUCACCUUCAUAUACCAGAAAACAAGAGAAAACUGGUGGGAUGGAAGGUCAUUCCUUGUUCGUUCUGUGAGUUUAUAUAUUGUUAAUGAAAGUGGCUACGUUCUUUUAUAAAAAAAAAAAAAGUUGUGAAAAGAUGUAAUAAAACUAUAUGAAACA